GGAUCAGUUUGGAUAGUGCGAUCAUUCAUUAGACAAGAGCAGCUAUUCCUCCCAAAUCCACAGCAAGCUAAUACUUGACGUGCUACGCAUAUAUAUGUUAUCAUGACGCGCUACUCUGUCCAUAUCUGUCCUGACCUCUGACGUUUUGUAUGCGAGGGCGUGGGGCAAAAGCUGGCCGCUCUAACUCCUAUGCCAGCCUAAAAAUAGACAGUCUGUCAGGAGUUUGUUCGCUCUGACGCGAAAGAGCCGUCCAAAAUAGUGGGGGGGGGGAUUUAGUGGCGAUGGCCCAGGCUGAAGCCCUGAGCGAUGAUGCCCUAGACUCUAGCUCAGAUGAUGACUUCGAAAAUGGAACAGCCCCGCGCUUCAACCUCUUUCGCCGGGGUGCAUCCGCGACCGCGGCGCAAGCACCUCCUCAGGCCCGACCGGAGGCCCACCGCGGCCCGACCUUGAAGCCUCGGCAGGCAGCGCUGGGUCUGGGCCAAAUUCUCUUGGGAGCAAGGGCGCCCAUCGCAAACAAGGCCAGCAGUGUCAUGGGUGUAGUCCGGGGGUCUACGGCACCUGCAGUCGCGCCGGACCUCUCCAAGGCUCCAUCUCCGGCUGCUGCUGUUCACCGUGAACCAGCGCCGGCAUUAAGGCGGGACAGCGCCGCGGCUGCGCCAAGCCAGGCUGAAGCAGCAGCAGCAGCAGCGGCAGCCACGGCGCCGGCAGUACCGGUGGCGGCAGCACGAGCCUCACCAGCGCCGCAGCCGCAGUGGGCGCGAAACAGCGCAAGCGGGAGCAGCGACGGGGAUGACGAUGAGGAUGACGACUUCGACCUCGACAGCUUCACGCAGCCCCGCUUUAACUUCGUGCGGCCGGCCGCGCAGCGGCUGCAGAACACUCGGCCGGCUCCUGCCCCUGCUGCCGGUGUGGCUGCUCCAGGUGCGGCCGGCGCCGCUGCGGCUUUCAGGCCGCCGCCGGCGGCGGCAACCUGCAGCGGUCGCCAGCAGCCGCCACAGCUGCAACAGCAACGACAGCAGCAGCAGCAACAACAACAGCAACAGCAGCAACAGCAACUACAACAACAGCAGCAUCAAGCUCGUGUUGCGCGGGCGCCUGUGUCGCCGCAAGGUGGCACAGCGCCAGCUGUUAGCCCAGCAGACGCCAAGUCAGGCGCCGGCACACCCGCGCACGACACUGUGCACACAUCCAUAACGCCUGCGGCUGCCCUCGCAGCGCCGGCGGCGCCCUCGCCGCACGCACAAGGGGCUGGCACGUCCCCCGCCCCCACCCCCAACGGCGGCGGCGGCCAACCGGCGGGAGUCGCAAGCGCGCCGGGGUCCGGCCAGCGCCACUCGAGCGCCAUCGAGGGUGUGGAUGCGGCGACCAUGGCCGCCGCAAUCCAGGCAGCCUACCGCCGGCGCUCCGCCACCGCCGCCAAGCCCGCAGCCGUCGCGGCGGGGGCGGGCGGCAUGCCUGGUGACGAAGAGGCGGCUGUAGGCCCUCCGCCGCGGCACACACCGUCGCCGUCGCCCAUGCAUGGGGCGUACGGCGGCGCGCCGCGGCGCCUGUCCGCCGAUGGCGCGGUACCAGCAGUGCCAGGGCCCGCUAGCCACACACCGCAGCCCCAGCAGGCCGCAUGGGCGGCAGGCGCGGCCCCGUCUCCCUGGCAGGGCGCCGCUGAUGCCGGUGCCUCACCGCAGGGACUGGGCCCAGGGCAGGGCGCAGCCGGAGGCGCAGCAGGAGGGGCAGGGGCAGGCGGCGGCGCAGGCGGGACGCAGCGGCCGGUGGGGCUGACGCCGGCAAGCAGCGGCCGCAGGAGCCGGCUGUCCCUGCGCCGCAAUGCCGGGCGCACACCUGAGGGCGGUGCGGGCGCUGGCGUGGGUGUGGGUGCGGGUGCGGGUGUGGGUGCAGACGCGGGUACGCGCGAAGGAGGUGGGCUGCAGGGGCAGACGGCGGCUGGGGGCAGUGGCGAGGAGGCGGAGCACACGGGCAUGUGGGCUGCCUACAUGCACAGCGGACAGCAGCAGGCGGACCGGGGCCCGCAACCGCAGCAGCAGCAACAACUGCAGCAGCAGCAGCAGCAGCAGCAGUGGCAACAGCAGCAGCAACAACCGCAACAACAACCGCAGCAGCAGCAGCAGCAACCGCAGCAGCAGCAGCAGCAGCAGUGGCAACAGCAAGCGGCGAGGCAGCAGCAGCAGCAUGCAGCCCAUCAUGCCCACGACAUGCAACAGCUGUACACAGGCUGGCAGCCCGGCCCAACCACCGCCGGCCUCUUCCAGCAGCCAGCGCACCGCGCCAACCACCCCCCUGCCGCCGCAGCAGCACCACCACAACCAGCAGUAGCAGCAGCAGCAGUAGCCGCGCGCCUACCUGCUCCCGCAUCCGCCCGGGGCAAGGCGACAGCCAGCGCCUCGCAGCGUCAGCAGCAGGGCCAGUCGGGGCCCACAGCCGCGUCCGCGGCAGGCGCAGCCAAGGGCUCCAUUGCGUCCUUCUUCACACGCGCGGCCAGCACCCAGCAGCCCUCUCAUCAUCAUCAUCAGCAGCAGCAGCAGCAGUCGUUGCAGACGCAGGCGAUGCCUCAGCGCCGGCAGCUGCCGCAGCCGGCGCCCGCAUCAGCGGCCAACAGCCCGGCGCAGCAGCGUGCAGGUGGAGCCGCGGCUGGUGCAGGGGCAGGUGCAGGGGCGGGUGCAGCGGCAGGGGCAGCGGCAGGGGCAGGGGCAGCAGGGUGGGCAGCGGCUGGAGCCGGUGCAGGGGCAGGGGCGGGUGGCGCGACGCAGCGCCACGGCAGUCGGCUGUCGGCGCCGCCGGGCCCAGCCGCCGCUGGCCGGGGGCCGCCGGUCAUUGACCUGGCGGAGGAUGAGGAUGCGACCGCGGCGGCAGGCCGGUAUCGGGCUGGUGCUGGUGCUGGUGCUGCUGGUGGUGCUGGUGGCGCUUCGUUAUUUGCGAAACCAGGCGCCAGGUCGGUGGGGCCAGCAGCAGCCGCAGCAGCCACGCGGAGCCACCGUGCUCCGGUGGUGUCGCUGCUGGACGAGGAGGAAGAAGGGGAGGAGGAGGAGGAGGAGGAGGGAAACGGGGACCAGCAGAGGCCGGGCGAGGUGGCGGGGACUGCAGGAUGUCGCGGUGCCGCCGUGUCGGGGGGCGGCUGGCAGCAGCAGGCCGACGAGGGGCAGGAGCAUGACGUGGCGGCGGAGGUGGAGGAGGCUCUUCUUGAGGACGGUGUGGAUGCGGCGCGGGCGGGUGCAGGCGUGGCGCCGCGGGGACAGAAGCGGCGGCACCGGGCGGUGCUGGAGGACUCGGAGGAGGAAGAGGGCGGCGCGGCGGGCGGCGCGGCGGGCGGCGCCUGCACGAGAGCGGCGGCAGUCGCGGGGCGGCCAGGCCGGCUGGGCCAUGCCGCGCAUUCGCCGGAUGGGGGCAGCCGUGGCGGCGGCUAUGACGCGGCACCGGCGUGGCGGCAGCAGGAGGAAGAGGAGGAAGAGGACGUCAUUGAGGACUGCUCGCAGGACGGAGCCGGCGGCGGAAUGCAGCAGCCGCGCAGCGCCCUACCCAGCGGCCCCGCCCGGCCCGGCAACAGCUGGGGCCAAGCCCAGCAGGCUCCCGCCCCCAUCGCCCCGGGCGCCACACACGCUGCGGCACCCCUCGGCACCGCCGCCGCGCUGCUGGGUGCUGCCGCGCCGGCGCGCCGCAGCCUGGGCGCGCUCAGCGGGCUGGGUAGCAGCAGCAGCAGCAGCCUGGGGCUCGGGGCCGCCGGCGCCGACGCGCAGCGGCGGCGCAGCGUGCCGCUGUCACUGCUGGGCGGCAGCAACGGCGCGGCGGCGGCAGGAGCGGGGGCAGGGGUAGGGGCGGGGGUGGCGCUGCAGCUGCCGCAGUACCAGCACCCUCUCGCUCAGCGGGUGCAGCAACAGCCCCAAUACCACCACCAGCAGCAGCAGCAGCAGCAGUAUGGCGGGCAGUACAACGGGUACCCGCCGCCGCCACACCAGCAGCAACAGCAGCAGCAGUUGCCAGGCGAUGCCAUGCCCUGGAGCCCCUACAGCGGCGCGCCCACGCAGCCCGGCCCACACGGGUUCGGCCAGCAGCCCACCACCCAGCGCCACACCCAGGCGGGACAGGCAGCGGCGUGGCCCCCGCAGCAGCAGCAGCAGCAGCCGUACGUGCCUACGCAGCAGCAGGCGGGCUCAGGUCUUGGCCAGGCGCCGCAACAGCAGCCCCCGUACCAACAUCAGCCUCCGUACCAGCAGCAGCAGCAGCAGCUGCACCCACACCAGCAGCAACCGUACCAACAGCAGCAGGCGCACCCGCAGCAGCACCCACAGCAGCAACCACAGACGCAACCACAGGCGCAGCAGACGCGCAUCCAGCAGUUCACGCAGGCGCCAGCCGGGGCGGCGGCGGCGGCGGCUGGGGCGGCGGCGGACUCGCCCUGGUGGAUGCUGCUGCCGGACUUUGUACCGGCCGCGGUCCUGUCCGGCGGCUACGACCCCAGGGGCGCCCCCCGGCCCGACCCGGUGUUUAUCCUGUACCAGCAGCAGUUCAACGGCCCAGCCAACGCCGCCGUGGCGCCCAUGCAUAAGAACCCGCACCCCGGAGGCGGCGGUAACGGUAACGGUAUCGGCGGUUAUGGCGGCGGUUAUGGAGGCGGCGGCGGCGGCGGAGGAGGAGGAGGAGGAGGAGGAGGAUACGGGGGUGGAGGCAGCUAUGGCGGUGCGUAUGGAGGCGGGGGAGGCAUGGACGAGGAGGAGGAGCUGCAGGAGUGGGCGCGAGACCUGCGUGGCGCCAAGAGCGGCGGCGGCCGCGGCGGCCGGAGGCGGGCGGCAGCGGGCGACGGCGGCGGUGGCGGCGCGUACGACAACGGCGGCGGCGGCGGCGGUGGCGACUCGGGCCAUUGGAUUACCAAACAGAACGGCACCAAGGUAUUUGUCCAAGAUGGAGUUGAGUACACGGGGACUCAGGCCUGGAAGCGCUACCGAGGAGACGCCGGCGGCGGAGGCGGAGGCAGCAGGGGCGGAGGAGGCCGGGGGCGGUUUAAGAGCAAGGGCAAGGGCAGGGGCAAGGGUCGAGGCAAGGCGGGCGGCGCGGCGGGCGGUGUGGCCAAGAAGGCGGCGGCGGCUGUGGGUGGCCUGCACCGCCCUCCCACAUUCUCCGCCGCCAGCUCUGCGCAGCAGCACCCACCCCCAUCUAGCAGCACCAACUACACCAGCAGCAACACCAACACCAGCAGCAACACCUCUUCUUCGUCCUCCUCGGCAUCAGCCGGCGGCAUGGCCGACCCGCGCUGCUUCCAGACCGACCCGCACAGCGGCAGGCUGCACGUGCACGAGGGGCUGCUGCCGGCGCGGGCGCGCGGCGCGGUGUUCGACCUGGACGGCACACUGCUGGACAGCAACGACAGGCGUGUGGAGAGCUGGGCGGAGGCGUGCAGCAAGCGCGGCCUGCGCAUGGACAAGGACACGUACAUGGCACUGACAGGCAUGGCCGGACACGAGAUAGUGGACAAGCUGUGCCGCGACCAGGGCGUGGACCUGCCCAGCGAGGAGCGGCGGGCGCUGGUGGCGGAGGAGUCGCGGCUGUUCAAGGAGCGCGGGCUGCCCCGCAGCGCCGCAGUGCGACCGGUAUUUGUCCAAGAUGGAGUUGAGUACACGGGGACUCAGGCCUGGAAGCGCUACCGAGGAGACGCCGGCGGCGGAGGCGGAGGCAGCAGGGGCGGAGGAGGCCGGGGGCGGUUUAAGAGCAAGGGCAAGGGCAGGGGCAAGGGUCGAGGCAAGGCGGGCGGCGCGGCGGGCGGUGUGGCCAAGAAGGCGGCGGCGGCUGUGGGUGGGUGGAUUGCCAAGGGCGGGGCAAAGGGCGCCCCGCACCACCACCACCAGGUGAUGGACGUGCUGGAGGAGGCGCAGCGCCGCGACCUCAAGCUGGCGGUGUGCAGCGGCGGCCGCAAGGACGCAGUGGAGCGGUCUCUGGCCGAGCGCGGGCUGGCCGACCGCUUCCAGGCUGUUGUCACCUCGGCGGACGUGCAGCACUGCAAGCCCGCGCCAGACAUAUUCGUGAUGGCGGCGGAGAAGCUGGGGCUGAAACCCGAGGAGUGCGUGGCGUAUGAGGACGCGGUAAUGGGGCAGCGCUCUGCUCGCGCCGCCGGCUACCUGGCCGUCAUUGACGUGACCGGGCUGGAGGGGCACCCGCAGCAUGAGGAGCACGGGGAGGAGAAGGGGGGCCGGGCCUGAUGCGGAGCAGGGGGGGAACGGCGGGCAGCAGGCGCAGCAUGGGCAGGGGCGGGUCAGGGGUAGAAGGUGGGGAGGGAGCCGGUGACAUUUGAAGGACGGUGAUGACUUGAAGGCAGUGCCAUUGCGCGGACUUGGACAGAUGGCGGUAUUGGGUAUGACGCGGCGAUACAAACUGGGGGCGAGAGGAAUGCUGACUGCAUCUGUUGGCGCCAUCGGAACCAUGAAUGGAACCUGAAACAGUAGAAGCUG